GCGUCCGGGCUGGGAGUGUGUGGGGGGGGUCGCGUUCGCCCUGCGCGGCCGCUCCCGGAGCCGCCGGAGGGGCCCCCGCUGGGCAGCGCGGGAGGAGCCGCCCGGGCCGGCGGUGCGGUGCCCGGCCUGCCGGGGAGGCCGAGCCGGGGAGCGGGUUUGCGAGGCGGGCGGCAGGUCGCGGCGCUGCAGGCGGCUCGCGGGGAGCUGCUGCUGCGGAAGGGAACCUGGGGAGGGACGAGGCCGGGCCUCGGGGCCGCCGGCGCGGUUCGCCCGCCGCAAUGCCCGGGCGCGACGCCUGCGAGCGCGUUCGGUGUCGGGCCGGCCCCAGGGCCGCAGGAGCCCGUCUCUGAGCAGCGCUGCCGUCCGGCUCGGGGCACAAGAGCGUCUUUGCUGCUGCCUGCUGUCCUCGAGGCGAGUCGGGACAGGCCCCCAAAAGGGCAUUUUCCCUUCAGCCAGCAAGCACGAAGUCUCGUCCCCCCAGUGCUGACAGCAGAGUCUCCUCCGGAGCGGCUCCUGCCCGCUUACCUGUCCCGGAACACCAUGGCGCGACGCACGCGCAGCAGCAGGGCCUGGCACUUCGUCCUGAGCGGGGUGCGCCGCGACGCAGACACCCGGGCCGUCGCCUUGGCCACCGGCGCACGGGGCUGGGGCUAUGACUCCGAUGGGCAGCACAGCGACUCGGAUUCGGAGCCGGAGUUUUCUUCCCUGUCGCCCUCCAUCCCGAGCGCCAUCCCCGUGACGGGAGAAUCCUACUGCAACUGCGAGAACCAGAACGAGGCGCCCUACUGCUCCAGCCUGCACGCCAUCCACCGCGUCAAGGACUGCCAGUGCGGCGAGGAGGAUGAGUACUUUGAUUGGGUGUGGGAUGACCUGAACAAGUCGACGGCCACCCUGCUGACCUGCGACAACCGCAAGGUGAACUUCCACAUGGAAUACAGCUGUGGCACGGCUGCUAUCCGGGGCAACAAGGAGCUGGCAGACGGGCAGCACUUCUGGGAGAUCAAGAUGACCUCCCCAGUCUAUGGCACAGACAUGAUGGUAGGAAUUGGGACGUCGGAUGUGAAUCUGGACAAGUACCGCCACACCUUCUGCAGUCUGCUGGGCAAGGAUGAAGACAGCUGGGGACUCUCCUACACAGGACUAUUGCAUCACAAGGGAGACAAAACAAACUUCUCCUCGAGGUUUGGCCAAGGCUCCAUCAUUGGGGUGCAUUUGGACACGUGGCAUGGGACACUCACGUUCUUCAAAAACCGGAAAUGCAUAGGGGUUGCAGCUACCAAGCUGCAGAACAAGAAGUUCUACCCCAUGGUGUGCUCCACAGCGGCCAAGAGCAGCAUGAAGGUGAUCCGCUCCUGUGCCAGCUGCACAUCCCUCCAGUAUCUCUGCUGUUAUCGCCUGCGCCAGCUCCUGCCUAACUACGUGGACACACUGGAGGUGCUGCCAUUGCCACCAGGACUCAAACAAGUGCUACAUAACAAACUUGGGUGGGUCUUGAGCAUGAACUAUAGCACAUCGAAGCCUUCCUCCUCCUCAUCGGGAAGCGACUCAGAUAGCUCUUGUGGCUCAGAUGCAGAGGCCUGCCAAAGGAAGCGGUGCAGGAGGACAUAAUGUCUCUUCAGACGAACUGCCUUGAGGGGGUCGAGUGGGGUUUUGUUCUGCUGCCUGCAAGGGCAGUCCAGGCCUGAUGCACCUCUUUCUUAAUGGGGACAUCGGUUUCUACUUGUUUGCAAAGAUUUCUCUUAUGCUGUUUGAAAUCUUUAUGCUAAACAUCCAUCACUUGCAUUGAAAAUACCUAUUGACUCAAAGAGGUCCCAUCUCUGUGGAACAGGUAAACUGCAGCCAAAUAUCUGAGCUUAAUCUCCUGCCUUGGUAUCAAAGUCAUCACCUCUUUUUGAAGAAUCGCUCUUCUCUGUAGACUGUUCAGCAGAGACAAGACUUAGAAUGGCCUCCUAAUUUCAAAGCACACUUUUAGCAAACUAUAAUCAAAUAACUGACUUACCAAAAGACAAAAGUCAAAGUGGAGUCUCCCUCCUUCUAACUGUUGUGUGUUGGUUUGGUAUUUGCAAUGAAUUCUUCACAAUGGUGGGGCAUGACUGAACGGCAGCAUGUAGGGAAAUGGGCUCCUAAAGAUGCAUCUAUGCUAUGUGACCAUUGGCACUGUUGUGAAAGAGCAGUUACUUACAGGAGUUGAGCUGUUAGUGAUCUUUCUUGAGCCCCUGAUGACUUUAAUUGCUUUGCAUGUUGGCUACUGCUGCUUCUCCUGUAUCAAAGACUGUAUUAAACUGUAAUAAUAAAAGUAUAAACCGUC